AUGUCGAGCUAUCCCAUGACAGCCUCAACAUCGAGAUCCCCAGCGACGGUCUCAACGUCGAGCUCCCAAGCGACGACCUUAACGUCGAGCUUCCCAAGCAACGACCCCAACAUCAAACUCCCCAGCGACGACCUCAGCGUUGAGUUCCCCAACAACGAACUACGAAUGGCUUUAUCCUUCUUCGGAGGGUAUGUAGACAACCUCUCACGAGAUGACCUCUUAGUUCUCCCAAUCGCUGCAGACAAAGCGUUUUCACAUGCUGGCCUAAGGUAUUAUUUGUGCCGAGCCCAAACUCCGAAUGCAAUCCGCCGAUGCCGAUCAACGCUCAGUUCGACUCGACGGACUACGGGGGGGCAACUGUUAAUGGUGGGUUUGUGCCAAACCCUCAUUAAGGGCCCAACACAAACAACACCUAGGCCCAACUCUACUCCAAAAGGCCAAAGGAAGAAGACUAAAGAUGAAGGGAGGAGAUUGAGCCACAUCACCAUCAGAUUAUUGGAGAUGCCCUAA